CUCAGUAUGUUGCGGUCUUUGCUUACGUGCGGUUGUUCGUGCGAGAGUAGCGAGCGAGUGCGAGCGAACGGCUACGCGAGCAGUAGUUAGUUGAGAGUCGCGAAGUCCGCGAGGAAAGAAGCGCCGGCAGAGCGAGACGGUUGCGUUCAGGCCGUGUCUCCCGCCGUCGACGUCCGCACGUUCAGGCUCUCGCGCGAGCUCUCGUCCGGCCGCUUUGUGUUCAUCGUCGCGCCGAAACGCACAGCAAGCAGCAAGCAAGCAAGCAAGCAAGCAGCAGCAGCAACAGCAACAGCAACAGCAGCAGCAGCAACAGCGACCGCGAUCGCGCGCGCGCGCGCGCGCGUGCGUGCGUGCCUGCCUGCCUGAGUGCCUCGCUAUUUCGAAAGUCUCGCGGAAAACGGGAGAGAAGCGAAUCGCGUGCAUACGCACGCACACAUAGACGCGCGAUCUCUCCCCGACCUCCUCCGUUUCUGUCGCCGACUAGCGAAUAGUGGUGCGUCUACGUCGCGCCAGCACGGGCGUCCUUCCGCGUUCUCUCCCUCUCUCUCUCUCUCUCUCUCUCUCUCUCUCUCUUUCUCUCGCUCUCUCGCGCGCCCUCGGAUUAACGGCUCAGUGGAGUGUGAUUUCGUUGGUACGAGAGAGUACCCGCGCGCGGUCUCUCCUCUCUCGGCUCGUUCCGCUCCUCUCGCGAACUGUGCGUCGCGCGCGGCUUCGUGCUGUGUGACCUCCCUCGGCAAGGGGGGAGACGCCGUGGAGAGCCUGCCUCGCUGCAGAGAGUUCCUCGACUUUCCGCCAUCGGUCAACGAGAGAGUCUCUCACGCGCGGGGAUGUCGAGGUAGCCCCCCCAUCCAUCCGCAGGACUGGGAUUACCAUGCUGGACACGGCCACGAGUCACAGGUGGCUGUCAGACGUCCAGGCUGAAAGCGCGAAGGGUAUCAAGCGAUAUGUUCGCAAAAUGGCAUUGAAGCUUCGACUGUCUUCCUCCUGAGUCGCUCUGCGAUGUUGUUUAGGUAAGCGGGAGGGAGGCGCUGCUGACCGGUGGCGGCGGCGGCCAUGCGCCCCGGCCCGCCAGUACAGCCGAGCCACCGCAGGCCUCCCCGUCACCAGCAUCCGCACCAGCAGCAGCUCCAUCAGGAGCGCGACCGACAGCAGCAGCAGCAGCAGCAGCAGCAGCAGCAGCGGCAGCAGCAGCAGCAGCAGCAGCAGCAGCAGCAGCAGCAGCAGCAACAGCAGCAGCAGCAGCAGCAUCGGCUGCACCUGCCGCAGCAGCCGCGCGCCAACGGCGGCAGCCCACGCGCCCUCCUGGUGCUGCUGCUACUGGCCAGCAGCCCCUUGGUCCUGGUCCUGGUCCAGGCCGAGCCGCCGGGAUUGCUCGCGGCCCAGUUGCAGCAGCAAGCGUCCCUCAGUGGUCACUUUCCAGCGGGACUGUCAGUCCAUUCGAUCACGACCGAGUCGUUCGUGAAGAGGCCGCAGAAGCAGAAGCAGAACCUGACCAUCGGCUAUCUCACGGCCAUCAAGGGCGGCCUCAAGGACCGUCAGGGCCUCGCCAUCUCCGGCGCUCUGUCUAUGGCUCUCGACGAGAUCAACAGCGAUCCGAACAUUCUGCCGAACGUGACGUUGCUGAUGCGAUGGAACGACACGAGGGGAGAAACCGUCGAAGCCACCAGGGCAAUGAUCGACAUGAUCUGUGACGGGGUCGUGGCCUUCUUCGGACCGGAAGGCUCUUGCUACGUCGAGGCCAUAGUCGCUCAGUCCCGCAACAUACCUAUGAUCAGUUACAAAUGCUCGGACUACAAGGCCUCGAAUGUGAACACCUUCGCGAGGACCGAGCCGCCAGAUACGCAGGUGACCAAGUCGGUGAUCGCCCUGCUGCUGCACUACGGAUGGAACAAAUUCACGAUCGUGGCCGAGAGGGCCUGGUCGACGGUCGCCCGUUCGCUGGAAUACCAGGCGCACGAGAACAACCUCACCGUCAACCACUACAGGAUCGUCGAGGACCGGCAUACGUGUUGCGAGGAGAGGAUGGCCUGCUGCGAAGUCCCCGUAUGGUUCCAACUAAUACAGGAGACGAAAAAUAUGACCCGCAUUUACAUCUUCCUGGGUACGGCAAUGUCACUGAUAGAUAUGAUGAAUUCGAUGCAAAACCAAAAGCUGCUGGACAACGGGGAGUACAUGGUGAUCCACGUGGACAUGAUGACGUAUUCGCCGCGUGAGGCACAGAAAUAUUUGUGGAAACCGGAGCACUUCAGUAUCCUGAAAAAUUGCCUCGAGCCAAAGAACUUUCUGCAGAAGGCACGCUCGCUGAUGGUGGUCGUAUCGUCGCCGCCGACACAGGUUUACGAGGUGUUCACGAAGAAGGUGCGCGAAUACAAUUCGAAGAAGCCGUUCAACUUCAUGACUCCUGAGCUCCUGAAAAAGUUCGAGAAGUACGUAUCUAUUCACGCGGCCUAUCUGUACGAUUCUGUCCUGCUGUACGCGAGGGCCCUGGACCAGCUGCUACGGGAUCAACCGAAUCAAACGUUAAUGGAGAUCGCCGGCAACGGUUCUCGGAUAAUCGAGACGAUUAUCAAGAAUCAUACAUAUCAAAGUGUGAGCGGCGCGAUCAUCAAGUUGGACCAAUUCGGCGACUCGGAGGGUAACUUUUCGGUGCUCGCUCUGAAGAAAGAGCCUUUUCAGCUCAACAACUUUACCUGCGACUACCAGAUGAAGCCUGUGGGCCAGUUCCAGCAGGGUGAAACUCUAGUGUACAGGCCAUCAGGAGCCAUGGAUUGGCCUGGUAAGAACAAGCCAGAGGCCGAGCCCGGUUGCGGUUUUUUCAACGAGCACUGUCCGAAGAAAGACACGCAUCACCACAGCAUCAUCGCCGCUGGUGUGCUGGGUGUUUUGGUGAUAUGUGCUACGGCGAUCACUAUCAGCAUUUAUCGGAAGUGGAAGAUAGAGCAGGAGAUAGAGGGAUUGCUCUGGAGGAUUGACUUGAGCGAGAUACACAGUCCGCAUCUGGACAACAUGAUGUCCUCCCCUAGUAAGUUAAGUUUAGUUAGUGCAAUGUCCUACGAGUCAAAAUGCGGCGGUCAGGUGUUCGCGCAGACUGGCCAUUACCGCGGUGUAGUGGUGCGAAUAAAGGAGCUGAAGUUCUCGAAGAAAAAAGACAUUUCACGGGAUGACAUGAAGGAAUUGCGCAUCCUCCGUGAAAUUAGACAUGAUAAUCUCAACUCUUUCAUCGGAGCUUGCGUGGAACCGAUGAGGAUAUUGUUACUUACCGAGUAUUGUGCCAAAGGAAGUCUUUAUGACAUUAUCGAAAACGAAGAUAUCAAGUUAGAUAAUAUGUUCAUUACGUCGUUAGUUCACGAUCUCAUUAAGGGUAUGCUGUACAUUCAUGAUUCACCUGUACUAGUCUGUCAUGGUAAUCUGAAGUCUUCCAAUUGUGUUGUAACUUCACGUUGGGUACUCCAAGUUUCUGAUUUCGGUCUUCAUGAUAUGCGUCACUGCGCCGAAUCCGGCAGCAUCGGUGAACAUCAGUAUUAUCAAAACUUGCUUUGGAAGGCUCCCGAGCUAUUGAGAGAACCAAAUAACGCGAUUAGGGGCACGCAGAAGGGAGACGUUUACUCUUUCGCUAUUAUUCUUUUUGAAAUGAUCGGGCGAAAAGGACCGUACGGUAUAACUAUGGACCCCAAAGACAUUAUCGAACGAGUAAAGAACUACAACCCAAAAGAAAAAGAAGAAGACAAGAAGAAACUGCCGUUCAGACCUGAUAUAGACGUGCUCACCAAGUCUAAAGCGGACUGCGCCGAAUACGUGGUGAACACUAUUACGGACUGCUGGGACGAAGAUCCGAACCUCAGGCCAGACUUCAAGGUGAUAAGGAGUCGGUUAAUGGCGAUGAAGGCUGGAACGAAUCAAAACAUAAUGGACCAAAUGAUGCACAUGAUGGAGACAUACGCGAACAACCUCGAAGAUCUAGUCAGUGAGCGUACGCGCCUUCUUUUCGAGGAGAAACAGAAAACGGAGGACCUGCUGCAUAGAAUGUUACCUAAGCCCGUCGCGAAUCGUCUAACGAACGGUAUCGGAGUAGAGCCCGAGGCUUUUGAUCUGGUCACUAUAUACUUCAGCGAUAUCGUCGGCUUCACGGCGAUGUCGGCGGAGAGCACACCGUUUGAGGUUGUAAAUUUCUUGAAUGAUCUGUAUACCUUGUUCGAUCGUAUAAUCAAAGGAUACGACGUAUAUAAAGUAGAAACGAUCGGAGACGCCUACAUGGUCGUCUCCGGUCUUCCGAUAAAAAACGGUGACAGGCAUGCCGGCGAGAUAGCGUCGAUGUCGUUGGAAUUACUUAACGCUGUUAAACAGCACACAAUAGCUCAUCGACCUCACGAAACCCUCAAGCUGCGCAUCGGCAUUCAUACGGGUCCCGUGGUAGCGGGCGUGGUUGGUCUAACGAUGCCCAGAUAUUGCUUGUUCGGAGACACAGUGAAUACCGCGUCUCGCAUGGAAUCCAACGGAGAGCCGUUACGAAUACAUAUAAGUGGGCAGUGCAAGAACGCUCUCGACAAGAUCGGAGGGUACAUCAUCGAAGAGCGUGGCUUCGUACAUAUGAAGGGCAAAGGGGAAGUGAAGACAUAUUGGCUCACGGGAGCCACCGAGAAAGCCAUCCAAAAACGAGAGGUUGACGUAGGCGAUCUGCCACCGCUGUUCUGCACACCACGAAGAAGGCAGUCGAAUGUGCCGCGUCUGCUAGCGGAUGACUCGUCGUCGCAGUGCGGAGGCUCCAGCCCAGUUCCGCGAUCGUUUCACGCGCCUAAAUUCGAAGGAUCGCGGUUGUCCUUGGCUAAGAGCAUCUCAAAGACCACGAUAGACAACGUGCCGAUUAUGGAGGAGGCACAGGAACGCGCUGCAGAAAUCAAGAUGGCUUUCGACGACUUCCUCGCGGACACGGGACCGAAAUUCAGAAAAAAUGCGCGUUUAUCCACCAUCGCGUCCUCGUCGUCAACGAGCGACUAUCCGUCUCAACUUGUUAUUCGCGAAUCUCGCUCGCUCGACCCAUUUCCCUGCGACAUGUACAACAAGCAGUUCGAGUCGCCGAGCCUCUCUUGGAAGGAGCCCAAGAAGAUCUUCUGCUCGUUAGAGAAUUGUGUCAAGUUCACGCAAAUCAAUUCGAAAAUAGACAUUUCCGAAAAAGUGCUGGAUAAUAAUCAUCCUAACGGUAAUGUGAUAAUUGUGCCUCACACCGGUAACUCUCCGAACGAAGCCGAGAUGCCUUUAUUAAGCGACGAAGGCGGCUGCAUGGGAGAGAUACUACCGAUCAAACGCUGGCGCUCACUGGAUCAGGAAAUAUCCGGGCCUAGCACGGACAGUGUACCUGAUAAAAAGUCUUCCGCGCGAAAUUCGAUUAGAAGUUGGCUAGUUAAUCUGUUCAAUGGUACUGGAUUGCGCAGUAGCGAAGUCUAUUUAGGAAAAGGGAUGGAACGGUACGAGAUGCAACCCGAGCGCGAAAGUAUAGUCUAGCGCAUCGUUCGACGGAUGUUCUUUAUUUUUCCUUUUUUUUAUUAUUUUUUUUUGUUUUCUUCUUUUCUUCUACGACAACGGUAAGCGAGAGAAAUAGAACCGCAGGUGCGAGGGAACGGGAAAGAAACUGCGUAACUAACGUGGAGCAUGUUACGUUUACGAGUCAUAAGCAUGAGUUAUUGUUGCCAUCUUUUUUUCUAGCUUAGUUAUGUGCAAUUUAUGUAUAUGAAAGUUACCGAUAUUGUAUAUUUUUAAUAUCUAGAUAUUUUAUAACUUAUACUAAAAACAAAACAGAAAGCGUGUUUAUCGAGGUGAUGCAGGAAGCGACUUUUAUGUAGCACAGGACUGUUCUCUUUAAGAUUUUUAAUUCGAGUGUGUAUAGCGUGGAAAAAAGAAACACUAGACUAUUUUACAAAAAUCAUGACCAAAGUAUAGACACUUAGAUCAAGCGCCGAUCUAUUUGGUUUAACGUGGUAUAUGAAGAAAGGAAUUAGGACGGUAUCGCGUACAUGCACGCGCGCGCAUAAUCAACAUGCAGUAUGGGCGUAUAAGAUGUGUGUAUAUGUAUAAUACGUCUAUUAAUACAUAUGUAAAUCCAAGUACCAUUAAUACUAUUAUAUAUGUUACACAGAGUGUUUCAGAUCAUCCGUCCACUCCUUUCAUUUCGAAAAGGGGUGUUAUUUAGAAAGUUGGGGAAACGUGUUUACCGUAAAAAUUUAUCUGAAGUUUAUGAUGGUGGUACUCUCAUUUUUAAGAAAGCUUUGAGAAACCUCCCGAGCAAAGGAUAGAAAAUAAAGAUGUCCUUUCCAUCCUUUGUCUCACGCUGUCGACAGCCUUCCGGAUUUCUGCAGAAUUUAAAGAAUGGCAAACUUCUUAAAUUCGCCAUUUCAUAUCGUUCGGUUCAAACAUGAUAAACAUACAACAUAAUAAGUCAGAUCCGUAAUACAGAUUGUACAAAUCGUAAUACAGAUAAGUCAAACAGAUCGUAAUACAGAUAAGCACGGACGAUUAGUCUCGGCUAAUUAUGGAAAAAUAUAUUCAUCGAGAUGGCAGACACAUUGAUCAUCUGUAACUAUCUUUUCACUUCCGAAUGAUAUUAAAUUUAUUUUCAAGCAAAAGUUGUUUCUUUUUAAAAACUCUAUCCAACGAUAUUCAUAUUGCUCCAUGUUGCUAUUUAAAAUUUUCUAAGUGCUUUCGGUUUCUGGGAGUAUUUCCAGGAGUUUCCCAAAAGUGAAAAUAUUAGCAUCAGAAACUUCAAAUAGGCUUUUGUGGUAAAUGUAUUUUCCUAACUUCUUAAUCAUUUUUAAGAUAAAAGGAUUGGACAAGUGGUUUGAAAC